AUGGUCUGUGGGAUUCUACAUGUAUUGUUACUCUAUGUAACACUUAGCUGCUUGAAGCCAGGCCCAGAAUACUCCAUUGUUGAAUUGCAAGAGCUCCUGGCCAUACCCGAUACAGCUCCUCACGUACACCUAGAGGAUCUCGACGGCUCGGUGCUAGAAUGUGUAUAUGUCCCGCUGUAUAAUGAUACUCGUGAAACAUUUAGUCACAGACACCUAUUGCAAACAGGGGCACUACAAUCUUACCUUAACGAACUAAUGAUUAAUCUGACAAUAGACGGUAGGAACAUGCUAUACACGAUGGAGAGUGGGAUAUCUAUGACGACUAAUUCCAGUGUUGAGUAUGUAGCCACGGUUAGCCAGCUGGGGACUCACCAAAUGCAUCCGCACCUCUCCUAUAGAAUGGUAGCAGCCCCGACACGCGACACAGAGGAGCUGUGGAGUAUGAAAAUGGAUCCCUCAGCGAGAGGCUGCAUACUAGACAAGGAUGCUAUCGAGACUUUCGUAAAUGAAACGUUCAACCAGCCUGGCCUUCCUGAUUGGAUAGAUGAGAGUACCAUAAACUCCUAUCAGCGUGCACAGAGGCAUGCACAGCUGCAUAGAAAAGACAACCUCGUACUUCAGCAUUUCUACUAUCGAACGAGCACAGCAGAUCUGUUUCAGGACCAAGAGCAACUCUACAAACGUAUAGCUAACCAUGCCCCCUUUAAUUCACUAGCACUGAUGCGAAUACAAACUCUGUACGAGGGGAUAUGCAAGGCCGAUUCUUCGAAGCAAGCCGUUGCCAAUGUCCACUUGACCUGUCUUCCAGGGGCUGCUACUUGCAGGCUGAUAAGCAUCCUAAUACGGCAUGAUAUGUGCGGGCACGACAUUGUGUUUGGUUGUGACUAUGUGUGUAAUGUGAAGGAGAUUUAUGAGGCAGUGCGGGAAGCAUGGCAGGUUCAAACGGUGAAAUGUGCACGUGCUUCGUCAAAGUCCCCUUAA